AGGAUUCAGUUGGAGAUGAUGACGCCAGAGAAGAGUUAGUCGGAGACGAUGCCACAGAGGAUUCAGUUGGAGAUGACGACGCCAGAGAAGAUUUAGUUGAUAAUGGUUGUGGAGUCGAUUUUGAAGAUAUUACCAAGGAUUCAGUUGGAGACGAUGAUGCUAGAAAAGAUUUAGUUAGUGAUGGUAAAGUCGAUUUUGAUGACAUAGAGGAUUCAGUUGGAAUUGAAGAUGUUGUUAAUGACGAUGACUCCAGAGAGAUAAAUUUAGUUGGUGGUGGUGAAGUUGAUGACGACAUCAAAGAGAAUUUAGUCCCCGCUACUCAUUUCGGGGCAUUAACCUCAGGAAAUUGCGAGCACGAUUUUUUGAUUCGAAGUG